AGCAUUCAACCUCAAUCCAAACAACUUGAACAAAACUCAACCACGCGUGCAGCUGAAACAGAAAUGUCGACGAGUAAUCAUAAAACCUUUGUCCCUUCCCCGGAUUUCUCCAGCAAUGAAAGAGACUGGCAGGCUGAGAUUGGUCUUUUACCGUGGUCUACCUCGAUUGUGUUUACUAAGGAAUCUUUGGUGAGGUUCUUGAAACAGUUGGAGGUGGAAGUGGACACCAAUUUGACUCAGUUGAAGAAAUUACCGAAGCAUGCAAGCUUCGGCACCUUCCCAGACGAAGCGCCCAGCACCACCUCUUCUCAACAACCACCCACGGAAACUAGGACAGAGCCACAAUCAGAUUUACCUGCUUUCAUUCCGACGCGCAAGGUGCGAGAACAGCCAGGAGGAGGCAGCGCACAAAUCGCGUCUCUUUUUGGUGCUUCCUCUACCGAUGUAUCAGAAGCUUGGCAACCGACUCCGAUCCCAAAGGCUCCGAUUCUAACUCGCAUCGAUAGUAACAAAGCAGAUGAUCUUCCUCCUCCUGCCAGUACCACUUCUUCUGAACUCAACAUUACUAAUUCGAUCAAACAAGACUCUAUCACUGAUCGUCCAAGGGUGGUCAAUCCUGAUGGAUCGGCCUUUGUACCUACUCGAAAAGUUAGAGAGCCUGUCGGUGGUUUCUCCACCAUGGGCUCGAUCUUGGGUGGUAAUUGAUUAUCACUCUCUAGGAUUCCAUCGUCUAGUUGGUACCUAAAAUCGAGUCGUCGAAUCGUCAGUAGAACUAUUUUUGACUGCUCAGGAGCAGAAUAGAUAUCAAAUGCUCCUAGUGACUCGUUUUCCUUGAAUGCUUGAUCUUCAACAAGAACUUGUGUUAUCUAUCCGAUUUCAGUUGACUUGCAUACAAUCAAAUUGACGCUCGAAGUCAACCUAGACUACUUUUUAUAACGUUCUCUUUGUUCGUUUUUUUUGAUAGAGUUUUUAUUGGAUUUUGUUGAAAGUGUUGGUAAUCAAGUAGUUGAACUCUUUCUUCUAUGAUGAGUACCUCACUGUUGUAUAAAUCUAUCAUUCGAAUCUUUCCCUUUCCGUACGUUUCGAAGUCUUUACUAAAACCUCAAUCAAUCAUCUAUUUUCUUUGAAAUCUUGAUAUAUUUUCAAUUUCG